AUGCUCGGAAAGUGCAUCAAGAAGGCGACGUCGCUCUCCACCAUCGGCCAAUCGAUGCGUUACAGCUCGGGAGACGUGAGCAUUGAAAACAUUUUAAGAAAAAAUGAAUUUGGAUUUUUGCAGAUCCGCCGCGUCACUCUCAUCCCCGGAGACGGUAUCGGACCCGAAAUCUCGGCCUCUGUGCAGAAGAUUUUUGAGGUGAGAAACAUGGGGACUUUUGACCCACUCGCAAUAAUCCGAUCGGAUCCAAACUUUGCUGGCUUUUUGGACUUGGAUUGAAGUAUAUUGGCUCCAAGUUUCAGAACGAUCCGAUUAUCUGGUCCCCAGAUGUACUUACUGGUUUGAGGCCGAAGUUUUUGCAAAAACUCUGCCUUGUUGGCCUCAAACCAGGAAAUUGCUUCAAAUUUCAUAAAAUUCCAAGAAAAGUCAAUCUCCACCAAAUUUCAUUCCAUUAUUGUAAACAAAAAGCAAUUCUAUGGAAAAAUACACAUUUUUCAGGCCGCGAACGCGCCGAUCGCGUGGGAUCCAGUGGACGUGACGCCGGUGAAGGGACGCGACGGAGUCUUCCGCAUUCCGAACCGGUGCAUCGAGCUCAUGCACCAGGUGAGCCGGAAAAUCGGCAUUUCUCGUAAAAUUGUUACGGUUUCAUAGAACAAUUCAGUUUUUUGCAGUACUCGGCAGUCUUGGUCAUAAUAUGCCGGAAUCUUUAAUCGUCAAUUUCUACUAGAACUUUUCGCAAAAAUUGUGGGGCUCCUUAAAGUUUGCGCAAAUUUUAAGCAAUGUUUGCGAAAAGUUCUAGUAGAAAUUGCGUAAAGAUUGCGCAAAUUCUCACCAUCACUGCCGAGAAUUUUUAUUACUUGGCAUCUUCACAUGGUAGUUAUUUUUUGAGACCCUUCGAGAAUUAAUGAAUUAAAUGAAAAAUGAGUACCGCUCAAAUAAAAAAGACAAUAUUUCUUAAAGGUGUGAGUUUACUCCAAUUUUCUUUGCAGAACAAAGUGGGACUGAAGGGACCGCUGGAGACGCCGAUCGGAAAAGGACAUCGUUCGCUGAAUUUGGCAGUCCGCAAAGAGUUCAACCUGUACGCGAACGUGCGUCCGUGCCGUUCGCUCGAAGGACACAAAACAUUGUACGACAAUGUGGAUGUGGUCACGAUUCGAGAGAACACCGAGGGAGAGUAUUCUGGAAUCGAGCACGAGGUGCGCCAAAUUUUUCGGUUUAUUUCCAAUAUUCUAGAUAAAAAUUGAGGAAUUCUAGAGCAAUUUUCACUACGCUUUACAGUUUCGCCAUUUUUAAUUGUUAUUUUUCCAAUAGAAAUUAGCGUCAAUAUUUGGAUGUAUCGAACAAAUUUUAAAUCAAAAAAUGUGUUGUAGAUCGUGUCGGGAGUGGUGCAAUCGAUCAAAUUGAUCACGGAGACGGCCUCCCGCAACGUGGCCAGCUUCGCCUUCGAGUACGCGCGUCAGAACGGACGCAAAUGCGUCACCGCCGUCCACAAGGGUACGAUUUGACGGGAAAUUUGCUGAAAGUCAUGUUUUUUUGCAGCUAAUAUCAUGAGAAUGUCCGACGGAUUGUUCUUGUCGAUCUGCCGCGAACAGGCCGCUCUCUACCCGGAUAUCAAGUUCAAGGUGCGCGAUUUUUCCUUUCUUUCUGAUUUUACACCGUUUAUUUUUCCAGGAGGCCUAUUUGGACACGGUCUGCCUGAACAUGGUGCAGGAUCCGUCGCAAUACGAUGUGCUCGUCAUGCCCAACCUCUACGGAGACAUUCUUUCGGAUUUGUGCGCCGGACUCGUCGGAGGACUCGGAGUCACGCCGUCUGGAAAUAUUGGAAAGGAAGCCGCUGUGUUUGAGUGGGCUUUUGAAAGAUUUGGAGCAUUUUGACCCACUAAUGCAUUGAAACAAGCGCCGAAAAGUGUAGCUUACUCCCGCAAAGUGUGUAAAUAGAAAAUGGAGACGCGCCCGACAAUGAACGUUCUUUGGAGACAUCAUGGUAAUUAUUGCAGAUCCGUCCACGGAACCGCCCCAGAUAUCGCCGGACAAGACAAGGCCAACCCGACUGCUCUCCUUCUUUCCGCCGUCAUGAUGCUCCGUUACAUGGUUAGUCAAUUAAUUGUAAAGCUUAUUUAAAAAAUUAUGUUUUUUAAUGCCGAUGCACAAGUAUCAAAACUUUGAAGAAACAGGGUUAAUUGACAGUUUUGAAACUGACUUUGGUUGGAACUUUAUGAUAAGGGCGAUUAACAAUUCGAUACAAGUUUCGAACCUUGAUAAUAACUCUUCGAAACACGAAUUUUUGUUAGCCAGAGAAAUUGCUGCGUUCAAUUCAUUAAACAAUGUUGCAGAACCUGCCACAACACGCGGCGCGCAUCGAGAAGGCCGUGUUCGACGCGAUUGCCGACGGCCGUGCCAAGACGGGAGAUCUCGGAGGAAGCGGCACGUGCUCCUCGUUCACCGCCGACGUUUGUGCUCGUGUUAAGGACCUCUAA